CUCAUUCUCAAAGUUUCAGAAAUCCAAAGGAAAUGGGCACUACUCUAUCUUCUUCUUCUUCUUCUUCUUCCCCCCAAACUCGUCCCACUGCAAAGUUAAUACUGGACGAUGGUGCGCUUCGAGAAUAUGAACAUCCAGUGAAGGUAGCUCAAGUUUUGAACGAAAGGGGAAGGGAAGCCUUCUUCAUCUGCCUCUCUGACUCCAUCAAUUUUAACGAGUGUUUAGCCCCUCUUCCUGCACACCAUGAAUUGCAGCUGGAUCGCCUCUAUUUUCUCCUUCCACUCACAAAAUUGAAAUACCCUUUACUGCCUUCUGAGAUGGCAGCCAUGGUCUUAAAAGCAGCUGCGGCCUUGCAAUCAAAACAGAACAAGCACAGCAGUCGCAAAAAACGCCGAGGUCCUAAAGUGGUGGAGCAGGAAAUGGAUGAACGCGAAAUUCAGAAAUCAGAUUCUUAUCAUUUUAAUGAAUUUACAAUUUCGGACGUGGAGUCGAAGCGCACAACAUCGAGAGGGAUUAAGUUCGUCCGCAACAAGCAUAAGCAGUCAUGGACAACAAAACUUGCCCCAAUACCCGAGACCUUCGCUUAUUGACUCAUUCUCUGCAUUCCAGAACUUCUUCUCGGGAAUUUCCUCGCAUAUGCAGCAAAAAUGAAUUCGGAUGUCCUCUGAGUUUCGGCCAUGGCAAAUAUGUGGAAAGCUUUGGAUGAGACAGAGAUGAACAGAGUAACUUCCGAGCAGAGGAUGACAGAAGAAAGGACAAUAGUUUCCUCCAAGUGUACAAGGAAAAAUGAAAAUUUUGAGAGGUUUCGGCCUAAUUAAGGCAUCACGGUGCAUGCGCCAAUUCUCUGCAGAUAUUCCUUAUCCUGAGUGCAUUAGGCUCUGAUUCAAUAUUUUUUCGCUGAUAUAUAAAAAUAUGUAUUCUUGGUAGGAUGUUGGAUGUCUUGAAGUCAAUUUUCAUGUGACAUUGAUGAAGUAGUGAAAUUUGUUUCUCAUGAAAAUUCAACCACAGUGCUUCAGAUAGACAAUGAAAUUCUAUGUACAAAUGCCAAGGAAAUGAA